GGGCCUGAACCCUGGCCUUGUCUAUACGUGCACCAUUCAACGCGAAUACAAUUCAGAUCUCUUUUGAACACCUAGUGUUACAAUGGAUGAUGACGAUGCUGAUUACAUGCAAGGAAGCGACGACGAGGAUUAUGGCUUUGACUAUUCCGACGGCGAGGAUGCUGAAGAGUCUGGUAGCGCCGACGUCGAAAACAUGUACUAUAAAGCCAAGUCGAAGAAGGAAGAUAAUCCUGAAGGGGCUUUGAAGGAAUUCCGCGCAAUCGUAGAUCAGGAAAAAGAGAAAGGAGAUUGGGGCUUUAAAGCUUUGAAGCAAGCUACAAAGUUACUUUAUCUUGUUUUAAGACGACCAAAUGAUGCACUACAAACCUACAUCCAACUUCUGACAUACACGAAAUCUGCUGUCACUCGAAAUUACUCUGAAAAGACGAUCAACGGGAUUCUAGAUUAUGUUGGAGGUGGCAAGGGUGGUUCAGUCGAAGUUGAUGUCUUGGAAAAGUUCUAUCAAGCGACCAAAACUGCUUUGGAAGAAGCCAAGAACGACCGUCUGUCGGCCAAAACAAACUUGAAACUGGCGAAGCUAUGGCUGGAUCGGAAAGAGUACACACGAUUAUCCAAGCUCAUUCGCGAUCUCCAUGUUGCUACCGGUCCUGCAGGCGAUGGCGACGACCAAUCGCAGCGCGGUACCCAACUACUUGAAAUCUACGCAUUGGAAAUCCAAAUGUAUAACGAAACGCGGAAUUUCAAGAAGCUGAAAGAGAUUUACAACGCCACGAACAACGUCCGUUCUGCCAUUCCUCAUCCGCGUAUCAUGGGUGUCAUCAAGGAAUGUGGCGGGAAAAUGUGGAUGGGUGAACGUCAAUGGAACAAGGCUAGCGAAGAUUUCUUUGAGUCGUUCCGCAAUUACGAUGAAGCCGGAUCGCCACAAAGAAUCCAAGUGUUGAAAUAUCUUGUCCUGGCAAACAUGCUUAUGGGAAGUGAAGUUAAUCCGUUCGACAGUCAGGAAACAAAGCCAUAUAAGAACGAUCCCGAGAUCAAGGCAAUGACCGACCUCGUCGACGCCUAUCAGAGACGAGAGGUGCACUCUGCAGAGAAGAUUCUUCGAGAUAGCGGCGCAACCAUCCUAGGUGAUUCCUUCAUCAGAGCUUACAUUGGCGAGCUGCUUCGUAGUCUGCGAACACAAUACCUCAUCGACCUGAUCAAGCCAUACUCGCGUCUAGAACUGUCUUUCCUUGCCAAGCAACUCAAUGUCGAAAUACAAGAAGUCGAAGAUCUUCUUAUUGGACUUAUCCUAGAAGGCAAAGUUGAAGGCCGAAUAGACCAAGUCGGCAUGAGAUUAGAGCUUGAUCGAAAACAAAGCCUGGAAAAGAAACGAUAUUCCGCGCUACAGAAAUGGACUGAAAACAUUGAAGCGGUGCACGGUGCCGUCGUCGGCAAAACAGGUUCUAGUGGGCGGGGUGGGGACCCAGGUAUGAGCAUGAGUGACGUUUACAUGCGGGAUGCGGGAUUCGGAUAGGUAGUGAAGGUCGGUACUUUGAAAAUAUUGCUUUUCGCUCGCUUUUUCUGUUUUUUGUAUACUCAAUCUGUUGGAGCCCGAUCAAAUAUCCGGUUUGUUGAUACUGGACUGCCAAUGAGAGACUUCAAGGAGGUUCCCGGGAUUCUGGGUACUACUCAACGACGCUCAGACCAGCUGAUAUGCCUCAAUGAGCCUGACCAUAGUAGUUGCCAUGUAACACUCCCUAUUGGCCUUCACUGCGGG